CUAGGCCGGCUCAGAAUGUGCUGAGCCCUUGCCCGGCCUACAUGACGCGUCACACCUCCCUCGACCUGAAUUCGACUCCCUGGGUGAAAACACUUUUCCCCUGCGAUAAAUACCAUAACCCACCACCUCCAUUUUCAUCAGCUUAAAUUUCCUUACCUUCUUUUCAUCGACUCAAAACCUUCCUAAUUUCCUAAACUCCAAUUAAAAAAUAUAUAUAUAUAUAUAUAAAUUUAAACAUAAAUAUGAGAACCGUAAUUGCUUUCUCUACUGCAACUCUGGGGGCAAAAUCCCCACUAGAAUCAUCACUGCCGCCAACUGCAACAACCACGGGGCAGCAGCAGCAGCAGCGCUCGCCGUGGCACUCUCCGGUGCCCUACCUAUUCGGAGGCCUGGCGGGGAUGUUGGGUCUGAUUGCUUUUGCUCUGUUGAUCCUUGCCUGCUCUUACUGGAAGCUUUCGAGCCGGUUGGAGGACAGAGAAGGAGGCGAGCGAGACUUAGAGAGCGGCGGCGGCGACGAGAAAACCAGCGAGCUUAACUCCCACAAACUUACCUUCGUAACUCAACUUUGGAGCUUCAAUCGAAAUGGAGAGGUGUUUCAGCUGUGGGUUGCGUCGUUUCGCAGUGUGGGUUGGGUUCCAGAGAGAAGAAGAAGCAGGGAGUCCAGAGUGAAGAAGAAAAAUUAAAUUAUUAUUUUAUAAUAAAAAAUAAUAAUAUUUUAAUAAAAUGGACUAGGCUAUUUUUUUUAGGGAUGGAGAUGCUUUGGCCUAGUACUGUUGACUGUGGUCUAUUACUGUUCACUUGAGUGGAUAAAUGCGCUGGGUGCUA